GGCUCACUUACACAAUCAUCCGUGCCCCAAGACAACCCCAUAAUGCCUCCUAAAAGACGCUCAACCGGAGCGGCGUCCGGUGCCAGUAAGAAGGCCAAGACGACUGCUCCCGAGGCUGAGGCCUCUUCACCUGCGUCCGCAUCGGCCCCUGCCGAUGACGACCGCGGUAAGAACCGCUGGCCAGCCAAGAAUACCCGCUGGUCGGCGGUCUCGGCGUCGCGUAACGCCGAUGAGGACUACAAGAAGGCCUGCGAGGAGGUCGCCUAUGCUUUUGAACGACGAGGAUGACGAGGACGAAGAGGAGGACGAAGAAGAUGACGAAGAGGAAGAGCCUCAAGCCAAGGGCAAGGGCAAGGCCAAGUCCAAAGCAGCCGACAAGAAGAAGGCCACCGCACAAGGCAAAGACAAAGACGAGCAGCACCUCGCCUACGUCGAGCUCGAGAAGAAGAAGAAGCCCAAACAGAAAUGCGACGGCGGCAAGACGUGCGUCUGCACCAAGCCGGCGGCCGAGUACCCGGACGCGCCCUACGCGAUCACGCACGCCGGCUUCCGCAAGCUCAUGAACCAGCAGAUCCACUGCCAGGUCCGCGACCCGGACAGCUUCCGCAUGUACACGUACAACGAUCACAUGGCCUACGGCGUACUACAGGUGCUGCAGAACCUCCGGGAGCAGUGGGUCAUCUGCGAGGCGCUGUGCCCGUUUAUUUGGUACCUGAAUGGUGGUGACUUUGCCAUGGCCGACGACGGCGAGUUCGUCGACGAGACUGCAAAACUCAUCGGCAACCUCUUCCUCGCAACCCUCGCCCGCCUCGAGUUCGAGGGCGUCCUGGCCGCGGACUCGGAAGUAGAAGACCUAGGCUGCGUCAUGGCCGGCAUGCUGAAAACUGUCCACAAAAAGUCCAAGAAGCGUCCGUUCCCCUUCACGGCGGAGAAAUUCGACAGCUACGUCGCCGCGUACGCCAAGAAGCACGGCAUCACGCUCAAGGGCGUCCCGGGGCUGAAGGCUCUCGUUGACGAUCUCGAGGGCGAGGAGGAAGAGCUACCUAACGCCGAGGAACACGGCGAGGACCCCUGGGGAUGGGCGGAUGCGCUGGCGUCGUAUAAAAAGGGGAGGAAGAUUGGCGGCGAUGAUCUGGAUAUCACGUCGUGGACGCCUGCGAAGCGGAAGCAGCAUGCUUUCAACAAGAAGGAUCCGCUUGGGAAGAAGGAGAUUGACGCUAUCAAGAAUGGUAUGGUAAUGAUGCUGGGUUAA